AUGGCCUCUCACAGUUUCUUCAUCUUUGCUUUUCUCGUUGCUAUUUCCUUCUCAAACAUGGAUAUUGGGCUCGCAGGUCGUCAUCUGAUGCAAACAACACCAGCGAUUCCCUCUUUGACUAACCCAACAUUGCCACCUUUUCCUACUUUGCCUACAAUCCCAACACUGCCACAACCAUCUCUUCCUGGAACCCCAACCAUCCCACAGGUCACUCUUCCACCACUUCCGAACCUUCCCUCCUCAUUCCCUUCUCUCUCUCCACCACCUUCACCUUCCACUCCUUGA